AUGGGAUCGUGCCAAAGCCAAGAAAACCAAGAAAUGGCUGCUCGGAACAAAGCCAUUGAAAAGCAGCUCAAUCAGGAUAAACGAGCAGGAUCCAGCAUCGUCAAACUACUGUUACUUGGUGCUGGUGAAUGUGGCAAGUCUACAGUAUUAAAACAAAUGCAAAUUCUACACAGCAAUGGAUUUACAGAAGAAGAGAUUAAUGAAAAGAAAGCAAUUGUAUACAACAAUGUUGUCUCGUCAAUGUGUACAAUUCUCAAGGCAAUGGAUAAUGUGCUUCACAUUCCUUUGGAGGAUAGCGAAAAAGAGAAGGAGAAGGCUAUCGUUUUGCGGGUGCAAGAGAAUGGAGAAGAAUCGGAGCCGCUAACUGAUGAGGUUUCGAAAGCCAUUCAAUCUCUUUGCUUUCUGGAUUCUUGCUCUCGGAUUAGCGAGGCAGGCUAUAGGCCAUCGGAACAGGAUAUCCUCUAUUCAAGAGUCGCUACCACUGGUGUAGUUGAAGUGAAGUUCAAAAUCAAGGAACUUGAUUUCAGGUAUAACCUAAUUUGUACUUUCAUGACUAAUUACUCGUUACUUGAGUCAAUCUGGACUACUGUCUCAGUUGAUUUUUUCCCUUCAUUGCGAAACAAUGAAAUGGCGUCGUUUUCGCUUAGCAACCGCUGGUAA